AACCAAAUAAGCCAGGUACUUGACCAAGCCAGCAAUAAAUGCUCGAAUAAGCGUUGAAUUGUUAGCCGAGCUCCGACCGGGCUUGGCUUUUUUUUCCCAACGUAAGUUACAAGGUACGAAGGUGCAAGCUGCUGCUCUGUAACUCGACGGUUCCCUGCACAAGCAUCCAACUGCGCGCUGGCCUCCGCCAAACUUCGGAACUCCCAGUCCAAACUUCGGAGCUCCCAAGUUUCUCAAUUGCUCUUGUGAAUUUCUACCUCUCUUCCCGCGCCAUUUUCUCUCCUACUCCCUUUCGCCCUCCCCAAAUCCUUCCCUUGGUCAGGUGUUGUCUUCCAACUCUCAAAAAAUCCACACCAUGGGUGUUCUUGACCACGAAGUACAAAGGCUACAGGACAUCGUGUCCGGGCUGGAGCACCGCAUAGAGAAACUCGAGCAGCGCCAAACGGGCGAGACCAAGCCCACUGAAGGCGUGCGCAUGAUCCUCAUGGGGCCUCCCGGUGCCGGAAAGGGAACACAAGCGCCCAAGAUCAAGGACAAGUUCUCAUGCUGCCAUUUGGCGACGGGUGACAUGCUCCGAUCUCAGAUAGCCAAGAAGACGACCCUCGGUCGUGAAGCUAAGAAGAUCAUGGAUGCUGGAGGCCUGGUCAGCGACGACAUUGUUAUUGGCAUGAUCAAGGAGGAGCUCGAAAACAACAAGGAGUGCAAGGGCGGCUUCAUUCUCGACGGUUUCCCCCGCACCAUCCCUCAAGCCGAGGCCCUAGAUAAGAUGCUUGAGGCCAAGAACUCGAAACUGCAGCACGCAGUUGAGUUGCAGAUCGACGACGCCCUCCUCGUUGCGCGUAUCACUGGCCGCCUGAUCCACCCGGCGUCCGGCCGCAGCUACCACAGCACUUUCAACCCCCCCAAGGACUACAUGAAAGACGAUGUGACGGGCGAGCCGCUCAUCCAGCGGUCUGAUGAUAAUGCCGAGGCUCUCAAGAAGCGCCUUCUCACCUACCACGCCCAGACCAGUCCCGUCGUCGGAUACUACAAGAAUACAGGCAUCUGGAAGGGUAUCGAUGCCAGCCAGGAGCCCGGCCAGGUGUGGAAGAGCCUGUUGAACAUUUUCGAUGGCGACAAGAAGAAGAGCAGCAUUUUGAGCAAACUGACUGGCCAAUGAUCCCCGCCACAGCAACUCCAGGAAAUAUGUCUUGGACUACUUCCGGGCAACCGGUAUGAUAUCGGUCAGCGAUUGAUACGGAUUCUGGAAGGGCAGGUGUCUGGCGAAUUCCGCCUGGGCGCCCUAGAGGAAAAGGAUGAAUCCUAG